GCCACUGCCUCGUGCCGUACGAGCCGUACGCGUUUCUAAUCCAGGUCCAUUGAUCCAUUAAUUCUAAUGGCUAACGUAAGAACAAACAGGAUCAUGAAAGAUCUGCAAGAAUUCAUGAAUACAUCUCUUGAUUCUGGAGUCCUCCUUACGGACUACGACGAGGUGGAGUUAAAACAUUUCACCGUUAGCGUGGCCGGGCCGGUGGGGUCACCUUAUGAGACAGGGACUUUUGAUGUCAAAAUAAUGCUGCCGAUGUCCUUCCCCUUCAGAGGCCCAAAGGCCAAAUUUGUAACUCAGGUGUGGCACCCCAACGUGGGUGCUGCUACUGGCAACGUUUGUGUAGACAUCCUGACUAACUGGAGAGCAGGAACUAGGCUUGCCCAACUCGCUGAGGUGGUGCAGGGCCUGCUAUCCCUGCCGAACCCUACAAGCCCAUUAAACAGUGACGCUAGUGUCGAGCUGGAGGAAAACCCUAGAGAAUUUGAGCGAACAGCCACUAUGUGGACCUGUGUAUUUGCAGGAGGUUCCAAGCCCAGGCCGGAUGAACUCCAGGUAAAGGUAUUGAGUGUCCAAGAGCAACUACAAUGUUCCGAGGAGCAAGCUGUUAAGAAACUCUCAUUCGCCCGAUGGAAUGGUCCUGUCAAUCCCCAUGUUUGA